AUGGCUAAAGACUUUCAUCAUCUGCAUAAAUUUCAUCUAUCGGUACGAUCAAUCUCUACUGAACAGAAAAUAACUUUCGCUGGUGAAGCACCAAAAAUAGUACUCGAAAAGCAUAAAAUUCUGACAACGAAAUCAACAGAAAAAAGUAAUCGUCGACGUUCGCAAAAUUUUAUUAGAAAUCUUUUUUACUCAAAAAUUAAAUCGAAAUCUAAAAAUCAAGAAAAACAAAAAACGAAUAAUGCUUAUGAUAAUAAACGGGUAGAACUCGAAAACAAUACUGUUCACACAUCACAAAUCAUGCCAACUCCAUCAGUUGUUCAUCAACAGACGCUAGAAAAUCAAGUUGAUUUAAAAUCAAAACCAAAAUUAAAUGGAGAAUUCAAACCUAAAGGUAUAUUAAAACAAGCAUCAAAAACUUAUUCUUUUCCCGGUUUAUCCAGCGACUCGUGGAGCAGUUAUAAUGCACAUCAACGCAAACAAUCACAUUUCGAAAACAGUCAAACAACUAAUAGUAAAGAAAACAGUAAUAACUUUGCAUCAGCUUCGAAUGUUCAUGAUAACUCAUGCUCAAAGUUAAAUACCUGCACAUCUGUUAAAAGCGUUACAUUUACUGAUUCACUAUGCCAAUCGAAUUAUAGAUCAAGUAAAUCAACACCUAGCGUGAUAACGUUGCCCGAUGGUCAAUGCGAAGAUUUACCAAAUUUACACUUAACGAAUACGAUAAAAAGAAACUCAAAUGGAGAAAAUUCUAUCGAUUCGUUAGAAUUUCAAGCUCUCCGUUUUUGUGAGCCCAGUGAAAAUACAACCUGA